GACCGAGCGCGACGCAUGCGUAGAAGAGUUCGGGACACUCGUUACAAUCACUGCCAAAGAUAGGCGCACAGUUGUUUCGCUCUUGCAUUUUACGCAGUCUAUGACAUUCUAGGUGGAAAAGGUCUUUUAAAUAUCAAAAUGUUGAGCCAGAUUGCGAGGUGCGUUGUACGAAGAGCUUCAAGAAAUGGAACCCGCGGAUAUCAUGGACCGCCAGUAGACUUUAAACCCCCAACGAUGAAUGAACUUCCUGUGCCACAAGGAUCAUGGCAGGCAGAUUAUAACCGAAGACAAACAGCGUACAAUUUGCAACUAGCGGCAGGACUCAUUCUUAUUACUGGCACCAUAAGCUUUAUUGUAUGUUCGGAUAAGUUCUUCUUCAAUGCGUUCCCACCAGUCCCCAAGGAAGAAAAGGACAAAAAGUAAGAAAAUACAUUUUCGCUUUUUCUGUCGUGAGAUAGAAUCAUGCAAUAACAUACUAUCUGUACAAAUAGGAUAAAAUAGAAAUGUUCCAUGAUCAAUAAACGAAACUCAUCAAUUGUCUGGAAG